GUAUAUCUAGAGACUGCACACUUUUUAUGUGCCUAUCAUAUAUCUAACAACUUGCGGACACAUUUCAAGAAAGAACCAAACGCUGUUAAGAAUGCCUUUAAUGCAGCUGCGAGGGUAUACACUGUUGAUGAUUAUAAUCAUCAUAUGGCGGAGAUAAAUAAACUUGAUCCUCGAGUACCCCCGUUUCUGGAGAAAAUUGGAAUACAAAAAUGGGAAAGAAUUCAUUGUCCAAGUAACAGGUAUUUUACGAUGACGUCCAAUGCGGCAGAAGCAAUUAACUCUGCCACGAGGGAGAUCCGUGACUUACCAAUAACAACACUUUUGGAGCCAUUGAGAUCUUUACAAGAAAAGUGGAAUGUUUCUAAUAGAGAUGAAGCAGCGUCGACGUUUACUACGUUAGCAAAGAAGGCUCACAAGACGCUCGAAAACAAUUAUAAAGUAGCUGCCAGCUUUUCG